AUGCGCCUCUUCUUGCCAGCGGUGGGCGUUGGUCUCUUCCUCAUGGCCAUCGACCAGCUCCUCGCCGUCGCGACCUACGCCCGCAUCGGCUCCGAGCUCCACGCCCUCAACAGCACCAGCUGGAUCGCCACCUCGUACUUUCUCACCCUGACCUCCUUCCAGCCCCUCUACGGCAAGCUCAGCGACAUCUUUGGCCGGAAACCCUGCCUGCUCUUCGCCUAUGCCGUCUUCGCCGUCGGGUGUCUCGGCUGCGGCCUCGCGCGGGACAUUGUCCAGCUCUGCGUCGCCAGGGCCCUCGCGGGCAUCGGUGGCGGCGGCAUGAACGCCGUCGUCUCCAUCCUCACCGCGGACCUCGUCCCGCUGCGGGACAGGGGCAUCUGGCAGGGUUACAUGAACAUCAUCGCCAGCGUCGGCACCUCGGUCGGCGCGCCCCUGGGCGGCUUCCUCGCUGACUCUGUCGGCUGGAGAUGGUCGUUCCUCGGACAGGUGCCCCUCUGCAUCAUCGGCUUCGUCGCGGUCUACUACGUCGUGGACGUGCCAUCACCACCGCACGAGAACUGGUCCGCCAAGAUCCGCCAGAUCGACUUUCUCGGCGCCCUCACUCUCAUCGCUGCCGUCGUCGCCCUGCUCCUCGGCCUCGACGCAGGCUCCAACCUCGGCUGGUCCCACACACUGACCGUCGUGGCCCUGUGUCUCGCCCCGGUGGUCUUCGCCGCCUUUGUCCUCGUCGAGGUCAGGUUCGCCGCGUACCCCUUUGCCCCGGGCCACGUCAUAUUCGACAAGAGCCUGUUUGCGUGCUACCUCGUCAACUUUGCCGCCUCGGCCGCGUACAUUGGCGUGCUCUUCUUCGUGCCCCUGUUCUUCCAGGCCGUGCUGGGGGCGAGCGCCACGAGGAGCGGUGCCUACCUCGUGCCGGCCAUGGUCGCCGUCGUGAUCGCCUCGGUGGGAGGGGGCUGGAUCAUCCGUCGCACGGAGCGGUACUACUGGAUCACGGUGCUGAGCAUGGGCCUGGGGCUGGUGGCCAUCGUCCCGCUGACGGUGUCGGUGUGGUUCCAAGAUGGCCUGGGCGAGGUGGCGGGGACGUUCCUCAUGGCCCUGGGCUACUCGGCUGUCGUGACAACGACCCUCGUCGGCUUGAUCGCCAACUCGGCCACCGAGGACAUGGCUCUCGUCGUCGCGUCCUCCUAUCUCUUCCGCUCUCUCGGCUCGAGCAUCGGCGUCAGCCUUAGCGCCGCCUCGCUGCAGCAAGUCCUGCGCACGCAGCUCGCGGCACGCUUCCCGGACGGUGACGAGGCGAAAAAGAUCGAAGAGGGCGUCCGGCAGAGCCUCGAGUUCAUCCACAAGCUGUCUCCGUGGCAGGCCGCGCAGGUCAAGGAGAGCUACAAGCUGGCGACGUUGGGCGGGUACGGCCCCACCCUCAUCUUCCUGGUCAUGGGCUUCGUGGUCUCGUUCUGGAUCAGGGAGAGGCCGUUGAAGAAGUGA